GUGUGCCCACACCUGCCCAUCCGCCGGCAUGAAAUGAGCCACAAGAAGAAGACUCCUGCUUGAAGAUACAGAUUCGUGCUUAAAAAAUUUCAAAUUUUCAAUUUACAGAUCAUGUCGAGCGAUGACAGCCACAGUGACAGCAGUUCCUCCAGUGAUGAACGACAUCGGAAAAGGAAACAUAAGAAACACAGCAAGGACUUGGACAAAUCAAAGAAAAAGAAAUCUAAGAAGCACAAGAAGGAGAAGCGACGCCACAAGGAGAAAAAACGCAGCAGACACGAAGAGGAACCACCAGCUUUUCAACCGCUAGUGCCAUCGAAUAAUUUUCCGCAACCUGAACUCUCGGAAAACACUGAAGAUACUUUUGGUCCUGCACUUCCGCCACAUCUGCAGAAACAAGCUCAACCCGAGCCCAAACCUGACACUGCUCCCAAGGCCAUGAUAGGACCCAUCCUUCCCAGCCAGUUCUCACAGAACGAGCCACCUUCAGACCAGGAGAAAAAGAGUAGUAAUAGCGAUGAAGAUGAUGAUCUGGCUGGUACCUUUGGACCACUGCCCAACGCCAGCCAAGUUGAGCUUGAGGAGCGAGCGUUAGCCCUCAAAUUAGCUGCUCUGGAGGGCGGAGGACUGGGAGGCACUACAGACCAAGAAGUACGAGAGGAGUGGAUGCUGGAGCUUCCAGAGGUCGGUUUAAAGAGUGGUCUGGCAGCUCUCAGCAACAUGAAGCGCACCUUUUACCAAGGAAAGGAGCGUCCAGAUUUUAGUGAUCGCUCCUCCUGGACGAAGACUCCCCAAAGCGAAGCCGCAGCCGCAGCAGCAGGUCCCAAGGCGUGUAGCUCCAAGGAGAUGGAGCAAAUGGCCCAAGCCAAGUUCGAACAAAUGAGGGACGAUGAGCAAGAGCGCAUGGCUAAAAAACACAAGAAAAAACACAAACGAGAGGAAUCUCUGGUGGAACUGCAUCAGAAAAAGCUAAGAAAGGAACAAAAAGAAAAGGAAAAAGAGCUGGCGGCGUCCGGAUCGAAACCCGAACGAAGACCUUUCAGCAGAGAUGUGGACUUAAAGCUUAACAAAAUCGACAAAAAUCAAACAAAGCAAAUCGUGGACAAGGCCAAAAUUUUAAAUACAAAGUUUUCGAGAGGACAGGCCAAGUAUUUGUAAGAUAUGUUUGUAUUUUAAACUACUGAAUGUUGUCUAGCCCAAGUACAAUUUAAAUGCAAAAAGUCUAAUAAAGAUUUUAAAUAAAUUUAAG